AUGACCAGAAAUGGGACUCCUCUUAAUAUCAAAGACGUUGAUGACAAAACGGCAGACAUAACUGAAGUCGAAACAGAAACCCCUGUCAAGAAUGGCGCUGACGUUAAAAUCGUACGCAAGGCCGUCGUAGAGGUACCGAGCAACGACGAUGACGACGAAGCGCCGGUAGAAAAAUCAAGAUUAGAUAAAUUCAUUAACUACCUCUUAUGCAGCUCAGUCCACCAAUUUGUGAGCCCUGAAACAAACUUGGUUAGUUAUUUCAUAGUGGUGUUUUUCUCAUUUCAGUUCCGAUACGCAACUAAAUUCGACGUCUUUUUGCUCUGUGUAGGUUCGCUUGGUGCUGUCAUCAGUGGAUGCUGUCAGCCCGUCAUUGCCGUAAUUGCUGGAGAGUUGUUUCGAGUUUUAACAAGCGGAAAUCUAACGGACACCGCUGCUGUCGAGGCGGAACUGUUUGGUUACGUCUAUAUGUUUCUUGGUAUAGGGGUGUUCGCUCUGAUUGUGAACUUUAUACAGUUUGUAUGCUUCUACACCGCGUGCUGUCGACAAAUCGCGAAAAUUCGCCAUCAUUACAUAAGAGCUGUUCUUCGCCAAAAUGCCGGGUGGCUGGAUAAGCACCACAGCGGAACUCUCACAACACAACUUAACGAUAAUGUGGAGCGAAUUCGUGAAGGCGUUGGAGAUAAAAUGGGACUUCUUAUCCGCGGAUUUGCAAUGUUCUUUGCGGCACUGAUUAUCUCGUUUGUCCGAGAGUGGAGAUUGGCGCUUUUCAUGUGUCCACUAGCACCACUGACUUGCCUGUGUAUGAGCAUUAUGUCGCGGAAAAUUGCUGAGUCAACUAGGAAAGAACUGGACGACGUUGGCAAAGCUGGGGCUAUCGCUGAAGAAGCGGUUCUCGGAGUACGGACAGUGCAAGCUUUCAAUGGUCAAGAGGAAAUGGUGGGAAGGUAUACAGAAGAGCUCCUCAAAGGUAAAAGUCAUGCGACUGCGAAAUGCUUCUGGAGUGGUUUUUGGGGUGGAAUUUUCUAUGUGGUUCUGUUCACAUUCAUUGGAGCCAGUUUUCUAUUUGGUGGCCAUCUACUUGAAGUUGGAGCGAUUGCCAGCUCCGGUGAUGUGAUUACUGUCGUUGUAUCCAUGAUAAUAGGAGCGUAUUUCUUGGGCUUGAUCUCACCUCAUCUCGCGGUUAUUCUGAACUCACGGGUGGCUGCCGCUGCUAUCUACUACACCAUUGAUAGGGAACCUGAUAUCGAUGUGUACUCAUCGGAGGGUAAAAUUCCCAUGCGCAUACGAGGAGAUAUCGAGUUCAGUAAUGUACAUUUCCGAUACCCUACAAGGAAGGAUGUUAAGGUCAGGAUUGAUGAUAACGACGUGAGAAAUGUGAAUAUGGAAUGGCUCCGUAAUACGGUAGGAAUAGUCCAACAGGAACCAACCUUAUUCAAUGGCACUAUCGAGGAAAAUAUCCAAGUCGGCAGCCCGGAAAUUUCUCAAGCGGAAAUGGUACAGGUGUGCAAACUAGCGAAUGCUCACGAUUUCAUAAUGAAGCUUCCUAAGGGCUACUCUACUCUUAUUGGAGAAGGUGCUGUACAGUUAUCAGGCGGCCAGAAGCAACGUAUUGCGAUUGCUCGCACUUUAGCGCGAAAUCCACGGAUUCUUCUCCUAGAUGAGGCCACAUCUGCACUAGACGCUAACAGUGAGAGCGUCGUUCAGCAAGCGUUAGACAAUGCGUCUGCGGGCAGAACUACGAUAGUUAUAGCUCAUCGCCUCUCUACCGUCCGAAACGCUGACAAGAUUGCAGUAUUCGACAAGGGACAAAUA